UGAAGGGGGUUGCUCGCUGAAACUCAUUCUCUUUGCUUAGUUUAAAGCGACCAGUUUUGUUAUUUUAGAGAGAGAGAGAGAGAGUUUGUGGAGGGGCUUUCAUAGAUAGAAGGGAAAUGGGAGAGCAUCUUCUCAUCAUCUUCUUCUUCUUCUGCAGCUAGACUACAAAAAAAUCUUUGGAAACACUUCUUGGAGCCCAAGGAAAGUAGGAGAGAGAGAAAAGAUUUAAACUUCAGAAGCUAUGAAUGAUAAGAACAGUAAUGCUAAUAAUAAUAACAAUGAAAAUAGCUGGCUGGGAUUUUCUCUCUCACCCCACAUGAAAAUGGAGGUUUCUUCUCCUUCUUCUUCAACAACUGCAGCCAUGGCUGCUCAAAGCUUCCACCUUUCUCCCUCUCUGUGCUAUGGGGUGGGAGAAGCCUCUGCCUUUCAUUUUCCUCUUCCAGUUAUGCCCCUCAAGUCAGAUGGUUCUCUUUGUAUUAUGCAGCCCCUCUCAAGAUCCCACCCAAAUGGGAUGGUGCCAAAUGGCAGCCCAAAGUUGGAGGACUUUUUGGGAGGUGCAACAAUGGGGGAGAAUCAUCAGUUUGGCAGCCAUGAGAGGGAAGCCAUGGCUCUAAGCUUAGACAGUAUUUACUAUCAUAACCCUAAUGACCCUCAAGAAGCUGCAAGGCAUAGGGGUAGUUUGGACUUUCUUCAAGAACCCCAAACUCCCCAUUCUUACUUCUCCACCCUACAAUGCCAUGAUCUUUACCAAGAACCCCUUGAUGGGGAGAAUGAGCUGAAAAAUUGGGUUUCUGUGGGGCCCUUUAGUGGUGGUGGUGGUGGUGGUCAACAGCCCUUUGACCACCACCCCACCACCACCACAAUGGUGGGUGAGGGGGGUGGGGGGAUGGGCUGCAAUGAGUUACAGUCACUAAGCUUAUCCAUGAGCCCUGGCUCCCAAUCUAGCUGUGUAACAGCUGCAAGGCAGAUUUCCCCAACUGAGCUUGAAUGUUGUGUAGCUAUGGAGUCCAAGAAAAGGGCUUCCAUGAAAGUGGUUCCAAAACAGCCUGUCCACAGAAAAUCCAUAGACACUUUUGGUCAAAGAACAUCCCAGUACAGAGGGGUAACCAGACAUAGGUGGACUGGUAGGUAUGAAGCACACUUGUGGGACAACAGUUGCAAGAAGGAGGGGCAGACUAGAAAAGGAAGGCAAGUGUAUUUGGGAGGUUAUGAUAUGGAGGAGAAAGCUGCAAGAGCUUAUGAUCUUGCUGCACUUAAGUAUUGGGGUCCCUCUACCCACAUUAACUUCCCGCUGGAGAACUACCAGAAGGAACUCGAGGAGAUGAAGAACAUGACUCGCCAGGAAUACGUUGCACACUUGAGAAGGAAAAGCAGUGGAUUCUCCCGGGGUGCUUCUAUAUACCGCGGGGUGACAAGGCACCAUCAACACGGUCGCUGGCAGGCCCGAAUAGGAAGAGUUGCAGGAAACAAAGACCUUUAUCUCGGGACUUUCAGCACUCAGGAAGAAGCUGCAGAGGCUUAUGAUAUUGCUGCAAUCAAGUUCAGGGGAGUGAAUGCUGUCACGAACUUUGACAUAUCUCGCUACGAUGUGGACAAGAUCAUAGCGAGCAAUACCCUGCCAACAGGGGAAGUAGCGAGGCGAAACAAGGAGAUCAGAGAGCCCCCCGUGGAGGCUGCUGCGAUCGAGUACAACAACAUUGCCCCGCCCGAGGGAGGGGAGUGUGUUCAAGAUGGGAGGGCCACCGCGAACGCAUCAGACUGGAACAUGAUGCUGUACAGCUCGCCCCAGCAGCAGAACAGCGUGUCGCUGGAGGCCUUACAGGAGAAGGCAUUGAGCAUCGGGGGGGGCGGGUUCUCAGUGGCCCUGCACGAUGUGUUUGGGAACGAGACGAGCCAGGGAGUCCUGCAGCAGCAGGACGAAUCGAACAAGAUGGACAGCCACAUUUCGAACCCCUCGUCUUUGGUGACUAGCCUCGGCAGCUCGAGGGAAGCUAGCCCCGACAAGACGGGCGCCUCGAUGGUGUUCACCGCGAAAACCAAGUUCUUGAUUCCAGCAGGCAAUGUAGCAGCAGCCUCCAUGCCUCAUCUGCCAGUCUAUGCUGCCUGGAAUGAUACCUGAGCUCUCUGUGACUGUGUUUUUGCAUGGGAUGGAAAAGUGGCAAUUAUUGGUGGUGGCAAAAGGUGGAGAAGAAAAAGGGUGAUGUAGGACUUUAGUUGGUUUUUUUAAAAGGUGUUAGUGGGGGGUGAUAGUGGGAGGGGAAUUAAUGGAAAGACAUUUGGGGUCCCAAUUAUCUGUCUGUAACCUAGUGAUGUUGGAAACACUUUCAAGAAGGCUAACCCUUUUCCUAUCUUCAUUUUAGUUUUGGUCUAUCUGCAAAAAAUGGAGGGAAUUGGGUUUCUCUGCAACAAAAUUUUCAUGUUUAAAACUAUCAAUCAUCACUCAAA